AUGAACAGAAAGCAUGUAAACAGCGACAUGGACUCGGGCCUGGGCAGCGACGACGACCACCGCACCCGCACCAAGGAGCAGAAACAGCUCCACAACCAGCAGCUCCUGAGCGGCUGCUUCAUCGACGCCGCGAGCCUCUCCGACGACUCCGAGGUGGUCGAACAGCGUCGCAAUGACGAGCGACGGCAGGGCUCCAUGCUCUUCCAAACGUCCAUACCCCACUAUUCGAUGGUGCAAAUGCAACCGCGCGAAUUCGACUCCGGCUCCAACAGCUACCCCGACACCAGCACCCCUUUCAACUCGAUCGUCCACUUGGACGCCAGCGAGGCCGAGCGGGCGCGCAGCAAGUCCCCGUUGGGCUUCUACGUGGACCUGAGCGACGUGCCCGAGGCCUCGGCCUCUCCGCCAUCCAGCUCGGUCAAGAAGAACAUCUUCUCGAUGGUGAUAGACUUCGAGGGGCCGAAGAAAGAGAAGCCGGUGAAGCUGAGCUCGAAUAGGAAACCGAAACCGGCCAACCGGUCGAAUCUGUUGGUGCAGAGCGGGAGUUUGUCUUCCAGCGUGAGUUCGGUGAAUUCGAACGUGGCCGGAACGUCCAGGCAGUCCGAUGAGCUGGAAGUUUUGAGCGCUACUUUGGUGAAAAAUCUGUCGGUUUCUUCCAAGUCUUCUAGCAGCAGCGAGAAUGUGAUGGGGAGGACCGAGGAGCUGGAAGGAGCUUCUGAGGAGCCGGUGGUCGAAAAGGAUGAGGAGAACGAGAAAACUUCGAACGAAGAUAAAAAAACAAUUAUUCAAAAUUUGGGGAACAAAAAUGAAAAACAGACCUGCCAGCAAUUCGUGCGACUAUCCGAUCUGGAAUGCCAAAAAACAAAAGUCGAUUUGAAUUUCACGCCGAGGAUGAGCAGAUCCAUACCGGAGAGCUCUUGGGUGGAAAGUCCUCUUUUGAUGUCGCAUUCGGUGGGCUACAGAUCGGCGCCGCAUCCGCUGGAGCCGGAGCGCAGCGAGAGCGGCCAGGAUUCGGAUAGCUCCGGCAAGAUGAGGGAAUCGACGCGGCCGAAGAAGUGCGUCCGGAAGUUGGGCACCGAUCUGUUGCGCAUGUUUCUGGAGGAAAUCGGCCCCGACGUGGUGGUCGACGUCGAGGGGCGCAAGCUGAAGGCGCACAAGUGCAUCUUGGCCUCCCGGUGUCAGUACUUCGCGGCCUUGUUGAGCGGGAAUUGGUUGGAGAAGAGCGGCAACGUGAUUUCUCUGCAGGGUUUCUCGUACGAAUCGGUGUACUUCGCGCUGUGUCACAUCUACAGCGGCGCCGCCCACGUUCCCGAUUCGAUCAGUUUGGUCGAAUUGGCCUCGUUGGCGGACAUGCUGGGCCUCGAAGGCCUGAAGGAGGUCGUCGAGCACGCCUUGCAGCAGCGCCACUGCCACAACUUCCACAGGCCUUGCGCCGGCUGUUGCACCGGCAUUUUGGAGGUGCUACCCCUAUCGGCCGCCUAUGGCUUGGACGAUCUCUAUCAGAGAUGUCUGCAGUGGAUCACUCAGCAUUUCGUGAGAGUGUGGCCGAGUAGGGCUUUCGCCAGUUUAUCGAGGGAGUUGAGGGAGAAAUGCUAUCAACAACACGUCGUUCACAUGAACGCCGAUAAAGUGCUAGAGACUAUUCUAAAUUGUGAUAAGAUUCUCGCUACGCUUCCGGCGAUGCGUUGGUCGGAGCCCGUCAGUCAACUAGUACUCCAGUUAACCGACGCCUGUCAUUUGUACCACAGGCAGCAUUUCUCUGCCGUUUUGGGCUCCAAUUAUCUAUCAUCGUUGGAUUCUGGUUUGGGUUUCGGCGUUUGUCAGAUCGAAGAGCAAAUGCUCUCGGCCGCCAAGAAUCUCGGCAUCGAACAGGCCUGUCGCAGCUACGCUAGGUGUUGCAAAAUGCUAGAUCAAACUUGGUCGAGACCCUUUGCCGAUAUGCUGAACAAGGUUAAAUUGCAACUGGAACAGUGUCUAGUUAGCCAGGCGGAUAGGUUGAUAAGGAGUAACGCUUGGUUGAGGCUGGAUACAUCGUUGAGGACUCGUAUAAAAGAAUUAACCCCCAGCAUGGAGCCGGCCAGUCGCCUUCCGCGCUCCACGAACUACCGCAACAAGAAGCCCGCGAUCAACCAAAAACCGUCGGCGAGUUCGUCGGAAUCGUCGCGCAACUCCAGUCCGGGCGUGAUGAACCAGCACGCUUCGAACGCGACGCCUUCGUUGCGCCGAAGCCUUCUGCUGGCCGCCAAGGCGCCGCAAUUGCAGCCGAUGUCGGCGUCGAGUCCGGCCGUGAACAGGCGCAGCACGUUGACGCAACCGACGGCCGCCAGCGCCGCCAAAUCGACGAGGGCGACGCCGCUGCCGCGCGUCGCCACCAUCAAGCCGACGGUGCGCGGCGCGCCGGCCAAGCCGGCGUCGCGGAAUUCGAGCGUGGGGAAGAAGGAAGCGCCGGCGAAGCGGCCGGAGGGCAGCCGAUCGAGCUCGCCGAUGAAGAGCGACAGUCGCGCGUCGUCGUCGCCCAGGAAGGCGGACAGUCGGGUGACGUCGCCGGUGAAGGCGUCGUCGUUGAACGUGAGGAGUCCGUCGCCGAUGAAGCAGUCGGUUAGUUCUCCUAGGAGGGUUAAGAGAGGCGUGCAGACGGCGAAGCCGGCGCAGAAGCCGGAUCGUAAUCCUCCGGCGCCCGUCAUGCAAAGGUCUAGUACGUUUUUGAAGGACGAGCCGACGGUGCUGGGUAAGGUUUUGUAA